AUGGCCGGUGUGAAAGCAUUCCCCACCAUCAAGACCGUCCGCACCUUCGUGAUCGAGGGUGUGGGCUCGGGCGGGGACUACCACAAUGUCAAGGGCGGACACUGGCUGAUCGACAACAAGAUCGCAACGCCCAUGUCGAAAUGGGAGAACUACCGCAAAUCGAGAACCCUCUUCGGCAUCAACGUCCUGGGUUCCUUCUGUGUCGAAUUGGAGGCCACUGAUGGAACAAAGGGUUUUGCAACUGGCUUCGGCGGACCACCAGCCUGUUGGUUGGUUCAGCAACAUUUCGAACGCUUUCUCACCGGCAGAGACCCGCGAGACACCAACGACCUCUUCGAGCAAAUGUACCGAGCUUCUAUGUUCUAUGGCCGAAAGGGUCUUCCCGUGGCUGUAAUUUCCGUUAUUGACCUGGCAAUCUGGGACCUGUUGGGCAAGAUCAGGAACGAGCCAGUUUAUAAGCUGAUUGGUGGCGCAACCAAGGAUCGCAUAAACUUCUACUGCACAGGUCCCGAGCCCGCAGCGGCGAAAGAGAUGGGAUUCAUGGCCGGCAAAGUACCACUGCCUUACAGCCCCGAGGAGCCGGAUAGCCUGCGAAUGAAUGUCGAGUUUCUCAAGAAUCAUAGACAGAGCGUCGGGUACGACUUCCCAUUACGUGUCGACUGCUGGAUGUCGCUGAACGUGUCAUAUGUGAUUGAGCUGGUAUCGGAAUGCAAGCGCCAGGACGUACGGAUCGACUGGUGGGAAGAGGUCUUGACUCCCGAUGACAGUGCUGGCUUCGCUCAACUGAAGCGGGCGCACCCCGACACCAAAUUCACCACGGGCGAACACGAGUUCUCACGCUACGGGUUCCGCGACCUCUUGCUUGACCGCAACAUUGACAUUAUCCAACCGGAUGUCAUGUGGCUCGGUGGCUUAACAGAAUUACUCAAAGUUGCCGCCAUGGCCGCGGCAUUCGACAUUCCCGUCAUCCCUCAUGCGUCAGGCUCCUACUCGUAUCACUUUGUUGCCAGCCAGCAUAAUUCGCCUUUCCAGGAAUACCUCGCAAACUCGCCCGACGGCAAGAGUGUGCAGCCUGUGUUUGGUGAUCUGUUCAUCGACGAGCCAAUCCCAACCAAGGGCUACUUGGAUAUUACACAACUCGACAAACCAGGCUUCGGCCUGACUCUCAAUCCCAACGCAAGAUUGGUAGAUGCCACCGGCCUCCUAGGUAUGAAGCCUCAAAAGAGCUUAACCGUGCCCGUGGAGGAGCCAUCGGAGACCAACGGAUCUUCGCCACAUAACACUGGUUAG